UGGUUGUCGGCUGUAGACCUGACGCACGUAAUCAGCGUUAAGGACAUUAGAUUUGCUUAAUUUUACUAAUUCACAAUGGAUCUAUCUGACGAUUCUUCUCGAGGUUCAUCUUCGAAAUCUAGCCGGAGCAAAUCUCGAAGCGGAAGUGAAAAAAGCACCAAGUCUAAAGCGAAAUCAUGUACAGUGACCAGAGAGCAGAUAGAGCAGUUUUGCGCGGUUACAGGUAGCACAGAAGAUGUGGCACGAACAUUGAUUGAAGCAUGCAGGGGGAACCUUGAGAGAGCUGUUGACAUGCAUAUGGAAGGACUUACAGAAAAUCCAAGUGCAUCAGGUGCACAAGAAGAUGACUAUGUAAGAGCACCUAUCCCUCAAAAACAAGAAGUCUUGGUGGAAUCUGGAUAUGAAGGAUAUGGGUUUGGCUUCAAGGGCAAAAGACGUAUAGUCAAAUCGGUUUUUGAUUCCUUUAGAAAUUUUGAAGUAGAGACAAAGUUGCAAGAAUCCCGUCUGAGAGAAACUAAUGGCCUGACACCAUCCAUUACCUCAGCCAGCACAUCUGGUAAAAGGAGUUUAGAAGAACUCUUUCGACCACCCAUAGACAUGAUGUUCAAUGGAAAUCUCCUCAAUGCCAGAGAUACAGGGAAAACCUUAAAAAAAUGGAUUAUGGUCAACAUUCAAAAUGUAUCUGAGUUUAGUUGUCAGAUAAUGAAUCGCGAUGUAUGGUCUCAAAAGUCAAUCAAAAAUCUCGUUCGAGAGAACUUUCUAUUCCUCCAGUUGUAUAUGGACAGCGAGGAAGGACAGCGAUACAUGACUUUCUACAAGGUCAACCAAUGGCCAUAUGUUGCCGUUUUGGAUCCUAGAACUGGAGAGUUGAUGGUUGAAUGGAAUUAUUCCGACGCCAGUACCUACGAAACACUCAUCAGUGAGUUUUUGGCAACCUCUUCAUGGGGAGAUGAAGAUAGAUGCGCAUCGGAACCUAAAAAGAGACGAGUGGAAACCAUUUUAGAUGCCAGUGAAGAUGAUCAGUUACAAGCAGCAAUUCGAGCCUCGUUAGCCGCCCAAAAUCGUAAAACACUCGCAUCAGACGAUGAGUCUGUCAGUGAUGAAGACGAUGAUCAACAGGCAAAUUGGUUUGACUCUGAAUCUGACAGCCGGGCUAGCGAACCUCAGAAAACUGAAGGUGUGGAUCCAUGUGAACCCCAACCACAGCAACUGGAAAACCGCCUAGAAACAACAGAUGACGACUGGAAAAGGCACUUAGGUCCCGAAGCAGACCCAACCUCAUCAAUUGUUUUUCGCUUUCCAGACGGUUCCAAGGAACAAAAAACUCUUCCCUGCUCUUCUACCCUAAUGGCGUUAGUCAAGUAUGCGGCCAGCAAAGGAUUUCCGCGUGAUAAAUUCGAGCUGAUGGCUAACUUCCCGAAGCGGCUUCUCUUAAACAUGGACAGUGAAAUGACACUUAAAGACGCUGGUCUUUUUCCUCACGACACCAUAUUUGUUCAAGCCAGAUGAGUGUUAGCAGGAAAAAUCUGUGUGUGCGUGUGUGUCUGAAAGAACAGUGCAUCAAACUACAAAUUACAUUCGUGCGUCUCAAGCUCAA